AUGAACCCAACUCUCCAUCGUGUAAAAUCACAUUCUUGGAACGCAUUGACUCUUACCGACCCGACGAACCCAACUGAGGCCCCUGUUAAGGAGGAGGGAGAGCCAGUUGAGAAACCUAGUCUAGUCAGUCCUACACCCUCCGAAGCCAAUCCACCGCCAAAACCUGCCAUUGUGGUGCCCAAAAUUGACAUUACACCCCCUGACGCGGCUCCCGAAACUGUCUCCAAGGAUGACGCCUGCUCUCCCUUCGGAGAAAACACCCUUUUCAUCUUCAUGAAGUCGCAGGGUUCCCAGGUGAACAUCAGCGAUUUCCACUCUACGGGCUCAAUUGCCAGCGUCUGCGUCGACGCCGACCGAGCAGCGGAAAUGGCUGAGAACGAGGAGCUACAUCGGGAUCUUGACCACCCGAAGACUCAGCCAGGGGAAAAAGACUGUGAGUUUACCUUCCAUCACUUUUAUCAGAAUGGUUACCGUUAA